UGCCGACCGCCUUCCUCAUCGGGGAUCCUCGAAGCUUUCCACUCGCAAGGCCGACGAGAAGGCCAUUCCACUUGCUGUCCGCCAUUCUGAGCUCUCUUUCUCAGGGUGACACCCCGCAAAACACCACGUCCACUCCCACCUCAAUCGAUUGUGCUACGCCCUUCCACCACUGGCAGCACGCGCACUCCACCUCCGCGCCCACCGCAUCGACUCACUUCACACACUCGUGGACGGGAAACCAACCCAGUCCACGCCCACCACGGGAUCACCAUGACGUCCCGGAAAACGCAGCAAGAGAUCGAUAAGACCUUUAAGAAGGUUGCCGAAGGAAUCCAGACUUUCGAAAGCAUCUACGAGAAAGUCAAGGCCGCCACGAACCCCACCCAGCGCGAUAAGCUCGAGGAGAAUCUCAAGCGCGAAAUCAAGAAGCUACAAAGGUUCCGUGACCAGAUCAAAUCAUGGGCGGCUGGCAAUGAGGUCAAGGAUAAGGCUCCACUGCUCGAGCAGCGGAAGGCCAUUGAGACGUGCAUGGAGCAGUUCAAGGCCGUUGAGAAGGAGAUGAAGACGAAAGCCUAUUCCAAAGAGGGCCUCUCCGCCGCGUCGCGACUCGAUCCCAAGGAGAAGGAGAAGGUAGAAGCUUGCGACUUCCUAUCGACCAUGGUCGACGAGCUGCAGCAACGGAUCGAGGCCAUGGAGGCCGAGGAAGAGACAUUGCAGGCACAAAUGAAGAAGGGGAAAAAGGACGCGAACAAGGCCAACCGCAUGGCCGACAUCUCGCGAGUAACGGAGCGUCAUAAGUGGCACGUCAAUAAGCUCGAGUUCCUCAAUCGAUCGUUACAAAAUGGUAACUUGGAGGUAAAUCAAGUGUUGGACUUGAAGGAGAGUAUCAAGUAUUAUGUCGACGAAGGGCAUAACAUUGAUUACUCCGGAGAGGAUGAAACGCUGUACGAUGACUUGGAUAUUGGAGAGGAGAUCGAGGCCCAGUUCGGCAUGGGAGCGGAAAACGAUCGUGUAUCGUCUCAAGAUGCCCAAUCCGUUCAGGACGACGAACCAGAACCCAAACCGAAGGUUCCAAAAGCAGAUCCUACGUCACAUCGCCGGCCAUCUACACAGAUGAAGUCGCCGCUCCCCGUUCUUGCUACUCUUCACCCGUCCGCCUCGUCCAGUGCUACCCCGGGCAUGAAGCCUGCCCCGCUACCGACUCGUCUACCUGGAGAAACGCUCAAGUAUGCUUCCGCGGCUGCGGCCGCAGCUGCCAGCGACAAGAGUGGAGUGGGAAUCCUGCCUCUACCCCCACCACCAGGUGCCAGUCCUGCCUUUUCGCACGUUCUUCCGGCCUCCAGGGCGUCCUCUACAGCUUCGCCCGUGGUUUCUUCCGUACAACCCGUUGCUAAGCCCGCGGCAGUGGCGGGGCCAUCAGCACCACCCGCAAUCUCUGCAUCAUCUUCGGAAGAGGCAGUGCCAUUGGCAGUGCGGUCCAAGACAGCUGCUAGCGCUGCAGCCUCUGGGACAUCUUCACCUGCACCCGUCCCUACGCCCAAGGGCGAGACGGUGAAGGAGAAAGCAACGACAAAUGGCAAGACGACACCCAAGGAAGCAGCCGAGGGCGAUGAGUCAAUAUUCCACUUGCCGCCAGGUCUGCAAGAUCUGAUUCACUCGUUCGAGGUGACCAAGGAACGCGCCACGGCAAAUCCGACGCCAGCAGUGCAACGACUGCUUGCCACCUCUCUCACGACGUGUCCCGAACCCGGGGAUGCAGAGAAGCCCCGGCAUUACAAGCCGCAGAACCCCUACAACACCCCUCUUUACUACCCGCAAGAACCCCUCUCCAUCUUCGACGACCCACGAUUGUACGAUACUGGCCGGAUUGAUACGGAUACGCUGUUUUAUCUAUUUUACUAUCGGCAAGGGACGUAUCAACAGUACCUGGCCGCCAAGGCGCUGAAGAGCCAAAGUUGGCGCUUCCACAAGCAAUACCAGACAUGGUUCCAGCGCCACGAAGAGCCCAAGAAUAUCACGGAAGAAUUUGAGCAAGGCACCUAUCGAUUCUUUGACUACGAGAGUACCUGGAUGAACCGGCGCAAGGCUGAUUUCAAGUUUGUGUACAAAUAUCUCGAGGACGAGUUGUAAUCUGUUCUUUUGAACAUGCGUGCCUCUUCCCAUUGGACCAUGCAUCCAAGGCGUAGGCUUAGCGGCCUAGAUCGAAUUUACGAGCAACGGCAAGCCGCCAGCCUCCUCAUCUUCUUCCUCCUUUUCUUAUCCUCCUUACCUUUCUCCAUUCCUUCCCUUCCGGCACUUAAACCGAACGGGGUCCUAGGGCCCCCCUCUUAAAGAUGGGUCCGUAGGAAACGGGGCGGAAACAAAAAGUGGACAUGUCAUAGAGUGACGAUCUGGAUCUACUGGGGCAUCCGAGCUUUGUGGAGUCUUAUCCUUGGAUGAUUAGGGCAUCUUGAUUUCUGUCGUCAUUGUUCUUGUUUUUUUUAUUCUUUCCUCUACCUCUUUGUUUCGCAGGACCGGCAUCGGGCGAUGAGUACAAUGAAUGGGAGGGCGGUCUCGGGGAGACCAUGGGAGUUUUUAUUUCUGUUUUAUUGAGUUAUUCUUCACCUGGGUUUCCUGGGUGUGUGUUGCGAAACUGAAUGAAUCACUACUGUCUGUGUGAUGACAUGCGGCUGAUGCGAUGUUCUAUGGUUCUGCGUGGUGUUUGAAAUCGUACUUUUGUAAGAUCUGCU